AUGAAUCCAAGCACGGAAGAAGCUUCAGUGUCUACAGCAAGUUUAAGUGCAGUCAUGGCUACAGGAAGUGUCAACACGACUAAUGCCACUGCAGUGAAUUUAGCUGGAGCCAUUUCUGGCACUUCUGUCGGGACAACACCAGAUUGGAGGGACAAGGACGCCGAUCGAGGCGCUCGACAGCAAAUUGCACGAAUCAUCUUGACGUUAAUAAUGAAGAGUGCCAACAGACCGGCUUCCGCUAAUUACAAUCCCCGAGAAAUCGCGAGGAGAUUAGAACAUACGCUUUACAUGGGAGCGCCAUCGAAACAAGAAUACAGCAACGUGCAGACUUUAAAGGCACGGCUGCAGCACGCUCUUGACAAUUCAAGGCGGCGGCAAAUGCAGCAGCAACAGACAAGGCUACAGCAACAGCAGCAGCUGCAAGGGCAAAAAGCAUCUACAGAUUCUGCGCAGCAACAAACGCAAGUUCAAUUGCUGCAACAGCGACAAAUAGCGCUACUUCAGAGACAACAGCAGCAGCAAAUGGCUGCAGCACUGCAUAAUCAACGAGCAAACUUUCAGGCUGUCCCAUUUCCCGGAUCAUCUACGGGUAUGACCCAGGGCUCCAUGUCUCAGCCACUUCAGAUGCCGCUGAAUAUGUCACAAAUGACGGUAAAAACUCCUCGAUCCUUGAAUGCAGUAAAUCCAACUCCAGGUAUUACCGGUUCAAAUCCCAGCAUUGGAUCAGGCGGAGCAUCUAAUUCGAUAUUGGACGAGCUGGAGCGCGAGGCAAAUGAAAUGGCCAAUGGAGUGAAUGAUCAACCACUUUCGAUGCCGGAAUCUGAACUACAAGUUGCAACAACGCCAACUGGGGGUUUGAAUACUGCAAGUGGAAACAACUUUGUGAACAUGACACCAACAACUGCUUCACCGGUCGUCGUUGGUGGUGGUAUCGGAUCGGGUUCGUAUAGCGCGAUUCCAUUGAGCAUGCCGCCAGAGAUAAGCGCUAGUGGUGCGUCGUCGGCAUGUCUUGUUCAGCCAUCUCCAACACUGGCUAGUGCUGCUCCAGCGACUGCUGCUGGAACGAACAUGUACCACGAAAUGAAUUUGACGGGCCCACAGAUUCAGCAGAUCCAACAAAUUCAGCAAAUGCAGCAGCUCAGGCGUAUGCAGCAGCUCCAGCAGCUUCAACAGCAGCAAUUAAAUGGAACGGUUAGCGCUGCCCAUCUGCAAGCUGGUACUAAUGUGCUGACAAGCGCCACGGCCACUACGCUAACCGCUGGUACGACUAGCAACGGAAUUGCGCCUGGAAUGAUCCAAAUGAAUGAAGUGUCAAUCGCUCAGAAGCGGGAAGAACUGAAGCGGCGACUAAUUCAGUUGAAGCACGCGCGAACGUGUACGACGGGAGAAUGUACGAUCGAUUAUUGCAGCCGCACAAAGGCAUUACUUUCACAUGUGUCGCGUUGUGCAAACGCACAGUGCACAACGCUAGGGUGCAAGUCAACUCGGCAGUUGCUCUCGCAUUUUCGAAAAUGCCGUAAUCUACAAUGUGAUGUGUGCAGCGCUAUCCGGCCUCCAAUGAACGAGAAUGAGCAGCAACUGGUGCUUCGACGGCAGCAGGAACGGCUUUGCAUGCUACGUCACGCCAGUACUUGUACAGCGCAGCAAUGUAUUCUCCCGUAUUGCGCCGGAAUGAAAGUGCUUUGGAAGCACAUCUGCGAUUGCCAUCAGCGACAGUGUCGAACGGACCAUUGCAUUUCAUCACGCUACGUGCUUUCGCAUUUCAAACAGUGCAAUAAGAUGAUUUGUGAAGUAUGUGGUCCAGUGCGGAAGGCUAUUAAAGUGGUAGACUCUUGCCGUGGGAAUCCUGCUGAACUUCAGUUGGUGGCAAGUCAGUGUCCAGAUGGUGUGCGCGGAUUAAUCAAGAUUAUGAAUACUACCACUGCAGGGGUCUCAUCUUCUGGUGCGCAAGCAGGAGCUGGAGGCGAUGUGACAGGUGGUGCACACCAAGCGAAUGUGAAGGCCAAGGAAGCACCUGUCGGUGGCACGGUGGCUAGUCAAGGCCACACGACUUCCAGUGAGUCCAGCUUGACAAAUGUCAAGGAAGCGGGUUUGUUGGAGGAGAUGAAGAAAAAACCUCUGAAACUUCAAACUGAGAAAGAGAAAAAGCUUCGCCGCAAAGAGCAGGCCAAAAUUGCGAAGGCUCGCGCUCAAGCGAAGGCAGCAGCAGCGGCGUCGGCGACAGGGCUUACUGGACCUGUUGCUGCUUCGACAACGGCAGGAGCCGUGCAGCCCAUGAUGCCCAAUGGCCUUAUUGUUCGUGGCACUCAGACGGAACUACGUAGUGAGCAUCAUGUUUCGCACCAAGAUAUUUCUUUCUUAGAUUCAAUGACGGGUGGUCAGCUGGAUGAGCACAUUCGCUCGCUUAGGUUUAAUUUUUGUGGACACAUAUCGAUUGGAGAGCUGAAAAGCCGACUAAUGCCACUGCUGACAAAGCUUAUGGACAGUGAGUACGGGUGGACAUUUAACAAUCCUGUGGAUCCCGUGCAGUGGAACAUUCCAGACUACUUUGAUAUUAUCAAGUGCCCUAUGGAUCUCGGUACAAUCAAAAAGCGGUUGGAAAGUGAGCACUACAAUAGCGUUGAAGCAUUUGCGGGGGAUGUACGCUUGGUCUUCGAAAACUGCAUUGCAUACAAUAGCAGCACAAACAAAUUCAACAUUGCAGCGAAACAGCUGCUUGCUUCGUUUAACAAGUCGUUGGCAGCAUUUAAAAACCAGCUGGAAAAGCAGCUUUUUAAGCGCUGUGAACAGCGCCGUGAAGAGAUGUGUCAAUUAUGUGGGGGAGACUCGUUUAAGUUUGCACCGUGCAUGCUCUUCUGCAGCGGACCUUGUGCUGGUCGUAUUCGGAGACAUACUCACUACUAUAGUGAUCCUCGGGGAGAACACCACUGGUGUUCAACUUGCUACAAACAGAUGAAAGAAGGUCCCAUCGACAUGUCGCUUUUGCCCCAAUUAUCAAGUGCAGCAACAGAAGUGGCACAUCCUCCCGGUGCCGGCAUGGUCCCCUUCGAUGGAGUUUUGAAGAAAUCGUCGCUUUUGAAGCGAAAGAACAGUGAGGUUGCUGAAGAACCGUGGGUAGAGUGCGAUUCGUGCAAACUGUGGUAUCACCAAAUUUGUGCUUUGUUUAAUGAACGAAAUCAUGCGAUUUCCGGUGAGCAAGAACCGUUCGUGUGUCCAAUCUGUGUAAAGAAACAACGCGCAGCUGGCGUGAAACCGUCACUAGAAAAUGGCCUAAAGGCCAAACGGCUACCAAUCACACGAAUGGCAAAGCUCAUCGAGACUCGCGUGCUGGAGUCCAUCGAAAAGGCAGGCAAAGACGAAGCUGUGCGUAUGGGUAACAUGGGUAACUCCGACAGUAUUGGGUUUUCGAGCGGUCCCAAGGAAACUGCAUCUGAUACCCAGUUUGGAAUAACAAUUCGUGAGGUUCUCAGCAUCGAUAAGCAAGUGCAAAUCAAGCCAAGGAUGGGCAAGUUGCUAGCAACGAAGUAUGGAAAUACGAAUCAUACUGAAUAUGGUGCGGCUGGGGCUGUUAGUGGGCAGACGAAAUCAUUGAAACGUCCACGAUCAACAUCCUCUGUUGGCUACAAGAAGGUUGCUGCACCUGCUUCGUUGCCUUUAUCAUUGCAGUUGACCUAUCGAUCGCGAUGCAUAUGUGUCUUCCAAGAAUUAGAUGGCGUGGAUGUGCUAAUCUUCACGCUCUAUGUACAGGAAUAUGGCCCUAGCUCUUUUUCGCCAAAUGCUGGGCGUGUGUACGUAUCAUAUCUGGACUCGGUCAAUUAUUUUCAACCGAAGAAGCUGCGCACGUUAAUGCAUCAACAAGUGAUGUUAGGCUUUCUCGAGGACUGCAAAAAUCGUGGCUUUCACACGUGCCACAUUUGGUCUUGUCCACCGCUGAAGGGUGAUGACUACAUCUUUUUUUGCAAACCAGAUAAUCAAAAAAUUCCGAAAGCGGCGCGUCUGCGUCAAUGGUACCAGAAACUCUUGGUGCAAGCUAAACGCGAUGGGCUCGUCGCUAAUAUCUCCAAUCUUUACGCGGAAUAUUACAUGAAGAAGAAAGCAGCUCAUGAGCUGCCCUAUUUUGAAGGUGAUUACUGGCCACGACUUGCUGAGGAUCUCAUAAAGCAGCUCGAAGAAAAAGACAAUGGUAAUCGAGCGAAAUCGGGAACGUCAGAUACUGUUGAUGCCAAUGGGGCUAGCGCCAGUGGCGCAAGUACAUCAGCUAAUGAUUCCAAGACACCUAUUUCUCGAUCUCCUUCACCAAGUGAGGCCAGCAAUGAAAAUGGCAUAGCAGUUGACGGAAGAGGUGACUCUAAAUUUUUGGCGUCAAAAAAAGGAGCGACAACACCUAAUGCGAGCCAGAAGAACAAAAGCAAGCGCAGCAACUUCGCCACUGAACCAUCGGUGACGCGAAGCAGCGCCUCGAAGGCACGCUCAAAGAAGGGCAGUAACUCGUCGCGUUCUUCAAGCGGUUCGAAAAACGUGAUCAACAAUGAUCCGCUCAUGCAGAAGCUAAAGGGCAUUCUUGAGCCACAAAAAGACGACUUCUUUGUGGUAGACUUACAUCCAAAGUGUCACAAGUGCGGUGUGCCGAUGGUCCACGAAGGCUACUGGGAGCUGAAAACCAUUUCUCCUCCUGCCUCUGUUAAUAAUUUGCUGGAAACCGCUAAGAAGUCCCGGUCUUCUUCGUCGAGCUUCCGCAGUUCGCCACCACGCCACUAUCAUUAUUUUUACUGUGGUUCCUGUUACGAAACCAACAAAACCCAGCUACUGUAUCGUGUGGAGGUGUCUGGCAAUUGUGCAAAGCGUGCAAAGGAUUUGAGUGAGAGGAUCUUCCAGCUAAACGGAAAGGUAGCCGCUGCUGAGCUUGCCGAACUGGAUUUGCAGGAGAUGAAGUUUGAGUUGACUCUAAAGUUUGUCGACCCUAUGGAAGGUGUAGAGGAUGAAACCCAGGUUAAGCAGGAAGACAGAUCUGACGAGAUGACGGCAAUCGUGGACAAGGCGAAAGAAAGUAGUGAUGAUACCGGAGAUUUUUCUGGUGAGAUUGCUGUAAGUGGAGCAAGUGGUGAAGCAGCCAAUGACAAUCCUGACAGCAAAGCUGAAAUCGAAGCUGGAGAAGCGGCUGAUGCAGCAACCAAAAGUGCUUCUUCGACAACGGACAAGGGAAGCGAGCCAAGUUUAGAGAAAUAUGGUGGUGAAAUGACAGAAAAGACGAAGGAUGCGAAACCUGUAGCGCAAAAGAAGAAGGUUAGACGCGUGAUAGGUGACGACUUGGACGAUGUGAUCAUGCCGUGUGAGAUCUUUGAUACGCGCGAGGCCUUCCUGUUGUAUUGCCAAAAUAACCACUGCCAGUUUGACCAGAUUCGGCGGGCAAAACACUCGUCGAUGAUGGUGCUCUACCACUUGUUUAACCAGGGUACGACUGGUUUCACGUUCAGCUGUUCGAACUGCAAGACGACACUGCUGAGUGGUAAUCGCUGGAAUUGCUCGAUCUGUCCAGUGUUCAAUCUUUGUGACGCGUGCCAUACGAAAACAAAGCAUGAUCACCAGUUACAUUUGUUCAAGGUGGUUGCCAUCCCGAAACCUGGCAACGAGGUGUCCAGCGAGACAGCCAGUACGAACAUCAAGGGUGUUGUAACUAGUGGGGGUGCGUGUGGCCGUUCCAUCAAACACGAAGCAGGUAGCUCCGAUUUGAAGCGUGCAAAGCAUGUUAAAGGCGUGAGAGGGGUUGGGAAGAAAGUGGACAGCUCUCGCAAGCGGAAGCUAAACCAGGUUUCCUUGGUAGCGACGUCAACAGCUUCCUUAUUUGUAAAAACUGAGGACGCAGCAGCACCUACGGUGGCGGGCGCAGAUCCUGCUUUGACGGAAGGUAACGUUGAUUCCGCCGAAACAAGUACUGCAGCUGAUUCAGCGGCUGGGACUGGCUCAAAUGGCAGUGCAAACGAUGGCGAUGCAUCCAAGAAACGACGGAUUCACAAUAUCGACCCGCAACUCCUGCUACAGCUGGAGCACGCGAGCAGUUGCACGGUGCCUAAUUGCGCAUUCUUCAACUGCAAUCGCAUGCAAGCCAUGCUUAAACAUGGCGCAAUUUGUGAACAGCGACUUGCUGGACCCUGCGUACUGUGCAAGCGCAUCAUUGGACUCCUCUCCGCGCAUGCACGGCAGUGCACCAAAGAAUACACCGUAUGUAAGGUGCCUCGGUGUGCUGACAUCCGCCGCCAUUUCCUAGCGCAAGCUCAAGCUCGACAGCAACAGCUACAGCGGGCACGACAGGUUCAGAUUCAACAGCAAGGAGCUAGUGACUCCGGUGCUGCCAUAACGGCACCCGCAAGCGUCGCAGAAGCUCCUUCCGUCGAAAAGGAAGAGGAUGCAGCCUCGUAG